CUGUGCCUUGUUGCUGGGAAAACAACUUCCGAGGCUCAGCGAGCGAGCGAGCGAGCGAGCGAGCGAGAGAGAGAGAGAGAGAGAGAGAGAGAGAGAGAGAGAGAGAGAGAGGUUCCGUCGGAACAUGUCAGCGGCGGUGUCCACUGUGAGUAACAAGUGGGUGUCACUGAACAGCAGUAAAAAUCGUACGAGCAGCAGAGUGAAAGGCGGGGGAGGCGGCGGCCAUUGCCAAAGAUCGCCCGUCGUGGUUGUAGCAGCAGCGCCUGGAACGAAAUCGGGAUCGCGAUCGCGAUCGCCAUUGUCCACGUCUUCGUCAGCAGCAGCAGCAAGAGCGGAUCUUGCCACCGGUCGUCGUCGGAAGUCGUUCUUACAAACCUCCUCCUCCUCCUCCUCCUCCUCCUCCCCCUCCUCCCCCUCCUCCCCCUCCUCCUCCUCUUUCGCGCAUUCUCGAUCUCAUCCUGAGCUGUACGUCUCCUUUCUCGCCGUCAGGCCGAGUGGUGGUCCCGUCCAAGCUCGCAUCAGCAGCAGCAGCAGCCGCUGCAUCGUCGCCAUCGACAGGAGGCCAUUUGAAGCGGUCUCCCCAACGGCUCUCUCAUCGAUUGCUAGGACCGAGACUCUUCCCUGCGGCUUCUCGCGUUCUUGUUCUCUCUUUCCCCCUCCUUCCUCUUCCUCUUUUUUUGCUUGCAGUUUUGCUUCUUCUUCUUCUUCUUCUUCUUCUUCUUCUUCUUCUUCUUCUCGUGCUUGUGCGUCUUGUUCUUCUUCUUGUCCUUCUUCUUCUUCCUCGUCUUCCUCUUGUCCUUCUACGUCUUCCACGGAAAGGUGGGAGUUGACCUCUCGCGCGGAGAAUCCGUCAAGUGGUGGUCCCCACGAAAGUGAGGGACCUGGGUGUUGCGCCUCUGAGACCUCCACAGAGUCCAGUCUGUCGUCGGAAUUCGGUGUCACACUCACGCAUCUGCCAGGCGCAGGCCCGCUGUCGCUUACACAAUUGAGCGGGAGGAAGAUUACCACCGGCUGGUCACACCUUGCGGCAGUAAUUCGUCGGGAGAAAUUGAAGAAAUCCCUCAAGGAGGCAGAAGACGAGCUGUCGGACAUUGAGCUGUGCCUUCGCAGAGCUGGUCUGACAUCUGAUCAGAGGAAGAAGGUAGCGACCGUCGUCGGGUCGCGCAGGGACAGCAGCAGCAGCAGGGAGCUUGCGCGCGCUUCCCCUCCCCAUCCCCAUCCCCAUCCCCAUCCCGCCGCCUCCGCGGGGAAGGCCGUCGCACACUCGUUGGCGAUAUCGGACGCCGGUCGAUUCAUCGGUGAACGUGGACAGACAGGCGGUAAUAGUGCAUCCAUCGGGCCAACCUGGUGCAGAUCUGGUCUUUGUCCUGCGGCUUCUGCACCUCCCUCCCUGAUACAGGAACACAGACAGGGUCGGGAUAGUAGGUGGAACGGAGGCGCACCAAAGGGGGCGUGUGGCGUGGAGGAGAAGGUAGCAGAGCGGCAGAAGAAAAAGGAGGAGGAAGAGGAGAGAGAGGAGAGAGAGAAGAGAGAGGAGAGAGAGGAGAAGGGAGACCACCAGCCAGCACAGCACCGGUGGAGCUGCCCGGCGCAAAGUCAGCUGAAGGAACCGGGUGCCCUGCUGCAAUUGGCAGUUGAAGGGGGGGUAGGGGCAGUUAAUAUGGUGGAAGGAGGAGACGGUCCUUUCCGCAGCACGACGGGACCUACAGGGCGUCGACCUUCCAUGGGAAACGAGACGUCAACUACGCAAAGCACGAUGCUGGACACACCCACGUCGUUCUACACGCUGGGACACGACGGGCAUCAUGGAUGGCCAACGGACAGUCGCGAUCGGGGUCUGGAGAAUCAACGGGAGGACGGUCGGGAUCGGGGUACGGCGGAGAACGAAUCGGAGGACGGGGAGUCGGCGUCGGAGGUGCCAGUGUACGUCAUGCUACCACUGAACACAGUCAGCGAACAGGGGCUGUCAAAUCCCAAGAUGCUGGAAACUGCUCUCAAAGCGCUCAAGAACGUGGGAGUGCGGGGUGUCAUGGUAGAUGUGUGGUGGGGCGUGGUUGAGAGGGAUGAACCGAGGAGGUACGAUUGGACCCCAUACAGGCAGCUGUUCGUCAUACUCCGGCGACUGGGAUUGAAGCUCCAGGCAGUUAUGUCCUUCCACUCCUGCGGUUCCAAUGUUGGAGAUGACUAUAAACAACCUCUUCCCCGAUGGGUGCUGCAGAUCGGUGACGUAGAUGAGGACAUCUACUUCGCCGACGUGCACGGCAACAAGAAUGCGGAGUGUGUGUCCUUGUUCGCCGACGAAGAGCCGGUCCUUCACGGGAGGACUCCAAUUCAGUGCUACCAAGACUUCAUGCGCAGUUUUCGACAGGAGCUGGGGGAGUUCAUCGGCUCAGUGGUGGUGGAAGUGUCUGUAGGGAUGGGUCCGUGCGGGGAGCUGCGCUAUCCGUCAUACCCCGAAGGACGAUGGAAGUUUCCCGGCAUCGGCGAAUUUCAAUGCUAUGACAAGCGAGCGGCUGCGCAUUUGAGGUCCGCCGCCACAGCUCGCGGCCAUCCUGAGUGGGGACACUGUGGGCCCCAUGAUUCUGGGACUUAUAACUGCUUUCCGCAUGAGACCGGCUUUUUUCGGGAUCACGGGGGAAACUGGGACACAGAAUACGGACGCUUCUUUUUGGAGUGGUACUCUGGAGCGCUCCUUCAGCAUGGAGAGAGGAUGCUGCGAGCUGCAUGCCGGGCCUUUUUCGACGUGGAUCUCAGUGGCAUGGGCUAUUGCUCGGUGGCUAGGAGAUCUGGGCCGCACACCGGUAAUGGGAGAGGAGGUGAGCUGCAAUCCCCGUGGAGGAGUCGAACAGACGGACAAGUGAAGCUUAGCGUCAAAUGCGCAGGCGUGCAUUGGUGGUAUAACACUGCCUCUCACGCGGCUGAGCUGACUGCAGGUUACUACAACACGCGCAAGAAGAGGGGAUACGAUGAUAUCGUAUACAUGUGCUGGAUGUACGGAGCGGAGCUCAAUUUCACAUGUAUAGAGAUGAGGGACUCGGAGCAGCCCGGCUCGGCCUACUGCAGUCCAGAGGGUCUGCUCAAGCAGGUGCGUCUUGCGGCAGCGAGGAGAAGAGUACCCUUGACGGGCGAGAACGCGCUGUCUCGAUACGACGACGAGGCGUUCCGGCAAAUGCUGACUCAGUCUUUCGAGGUGGUUGUGGACGAGGACAGCUCGAGUGAGAGAGGUCAGCCAAAGAAGCGACACCUCCUGCCACCUCUUGCAGGGUUAACCUACUUGAGACUGACGCCUCUUCUGCUGGAUGACGUUCAAUUCACGAGGUUCAAGAACUUCGUGGAGAGCAUGAGGAGGAGGAGUAGGGAUACCAAUCGGGUAGUGGAUGCUUCCCGCAGGGCGGGUCAGCAACCAGUCUGCCAUCGGCGUGGAACUUCAGUAGGAGGAGGGGCCGGAGGAGGAGGAGGACCAGCAGCAGUUGUAGUAGUAGUAGGAGGAGAAGCAGCAGGAGGAGGAGGAGGAGCAGCAGGAUCUCCAUCUUCUACCAGCGGCAGCAACAACAAUGGCAGCCCCCGGCAUUUGGAUUUGGAUUUGGAUUUGGAUUUCGAUUUCGAUUUCGAUUUUGAUCUCGAUUAAUUUCAGUGGGUAAUUGAUUGAUCAUCAGAGAGGAGAGCUCAGCGAACGGUCAAUUUAUCCU